AAAGAUUUAAAAUUCAAAUGAUAAUUUUACAUUGUUAGAGCAAUUGUACUAAAUCAUUAUUAGGUGAAAAAAAUAAAAGUAAUGAUUUUAAAAAUAAUGCAAGCAAGGAAAAUCAAAAAUGGCUGCCAAGUGCCAUCACAGAAGUCUCUAUGUUUUUAAUGUGAUGUAGCGUUCUCUGUGACUUCGAGUUGUAUAAGUCUAUUUUUGUGGCUAUAAUAAGUUGAAUAAAAAUUUAACUUCAGUGGUGGUUUACGAUAAAUAACAAUAUCAAAAAAUUCAAUAACCCACGAUACAAAAACGACAUGGCGGACUUGUAAUUGACCAAUGAGAAGCAAGCAUCAAGCGUUUCAGAAUUGCAUGUACCAAUUCACAAUUCGCGUCAUUACGUUUUUGGUGCCUUCUUAUUGAUAUAAAAUUGUGAACUGGAAUAGUGUGACCUUAUAUUUUUAGUUAAAUUAGAUACAAUCAGUGGAAAAGUGAUAUCAAACAAGUGCACUCUCUAGUUAAAUGAAAGGCAGGCGGUUAUGAACAUGUUCACUUUAGAUUUAGGAUAAGUCUGAAAUACGAUUAGGCACAGCGAUUUGUUUUUGUAAACAAGAAUGUUUUCAUUCAGCACGUGUAAAAUUGUUCAUAAUUGACAGUUGUUAUAACAAUGACGGGGAGGGGUACAAAAAAACGCGGGAGGCCCCCUAAAUCAGGCAAUUUCGAGAAAAACAGAAAGUUUCAAUAUCAUUUGCUAAAGAAACCUAAAUAUCUGCAAGCACAAAAUGUAGGAUCUGGUUCUCUAGCUAGUACACCGUCUGCGUCGAGAGCCUCAUCACCCCAGGGAAGUGAUAUUAGCAGAAGUGCUAGAAAAUCCAGAGGAGGUAAAACGCAUAAAAGCAGGAAAGGAGGCCUGUCGAAUUCGUACUCGCGACGAGGGUAUAAUCCUCAAGCUGCGGACUACCAUGAUUCGGAGUACCACUAUGGAUCCGAUUUCGGGGACGAGUUCAGCGAUAGAUCUGAGCCGGAGGAAGAUCGCGCGAGUGAGAGCUCGGAAGGAUCCCUCGGGGAUGGUGCUGCAAGUGACAGUGACUUUUCAGUGUGCAGUAGUAGUUCUGCCGGAGGAACUCCAAGAAAGACUAGUAAUGUGUUACGACCUCCUAGCCCAGAUCCGCUGUGGUUGCAGCAGGAACGACAAAUUCCACCCUUGGAAUUACCUCCAUCUUCGGAUGAUUUAAUUAUGCCUCACAACUUAGUUUUACAAGUAGUUGGGAUAUAUGAGGUGCUGCGUCACUUUAGGCACCUAGUAAGACUAUCACCGUUUAGACUAGAAGAUCUUUGCGCGGCUGUGAGCUGCGAAGAUCAGAGCAAUUUAUUGAUAGAAGUCCACAUUAUGCUUUUGAGAGCACUUUUAAGAGAAGAGGAUGCACAACAAACUCAUUUUGGACCCCUGGAUCAUAAGGACAGUGUUAAUAUCACAUUAUUUUUGUUAGAUGUGAUGACAUGGCCUGAAAUUUUGAGGAUAUAUGUAGAGAGUGAUAAAUCAUUUGACAAAAAUGUAUCAACCAUAUUAAAUUCAUGUGAAUAUCCUUUUACAUCUGUGAAAGAUCGUUUAGCUGUAUUACAAUUCUUGUGCAAUCAAUUUCUUAUUACCAAUCCAGUGCGUGAUGAUCUUAUAAGCGAAGUUCCAGUACAGUAUGAUGACCACUGUAGAGUUUGUCAUAGAUUGGGUGACCUAUUAUGUUGUGAAACCUGCCCUGCAGUAUUCCAUCUGGAAUGUGUGGAUCCACCAUUAAUUAAUGUCCCAACAGAAGAUUGGCAGUGUGCUCUGUGCAAACAACACAAGACAGUUGGAGUUACUGAUUGCUUGCCUGAGGCUGAAAGGCAAGGACUUUUGUGUCGCCAUGAACAUUUAGGAUUUGAUAGACAUGGAAGAAAAUAUUGGUUUAUUGCCAGAAGACUUUUUAUAGAGGCUGAAAAUGGUGAUUUGUGGUACUAUACUACAUCUCAUCAAUUUGAAGAACUUCUAGAGACAUUGGACUCAGCCGAAAUGGAGGCCCCUCUUGUACGUGAACUUCUCGAAAUGAAAGAUGAGAUUAUAAGACAAAUGAAUGUUACUGAAAAAUUGUAUGAUCAGGCGAAGGGAAAUAAGAAAUCCUAUUUAGAAAUUGAAAACGCUAAUGUACUAAAGAGAAAAAAGAUUAGGGAAGAACAAAAAUUUGCAGAAUCUCAGGGGAUAUCAAUAAGCCCUGAGAAGCAAGAUAAACCAAUGUCUCUGGACUCCGACGGGGAGGUUGCAAAUGAAGUGACUGUAAUGACUGAUGACAUGCUCAGAGAAGAAACUGAAAUUGAAAUGAAUGAUGUAGAUGAUGAUACUAAAAGAUCUAAAAGUAAUUUAGCUAGGAAAUCAGCAAUGUCAAAAAGAAAUGAUGAUGUUGUAGAACGUGUAACGCGUCAAAAGUCCAGUCAAAUGUCCAAUGGAACAUAUCUGUUUAAGUUAGGCAGCGAAAAUAAUUUCAAAGGCUACAUAAAUCAGUAUACAAGUAAUCCCCUGGCACUAAAUAAACCACAAAGAAAUGAAGAAAGAGACAAGAAACGCUAUAUUUCACAUAAGUUCUCUUUAUCAUGCGGGCAGGACUUUAAGUGGAUUGGUUUACUAAAUGCUACAAAGCCGUUGCUAGUGGCUACUCUGCGACAAACGUUACUUCAAUUGGAGUCUAAUAUAGUGAUACAGUUUAUGCAUCCCAAUUGGUCCUUGUUAAGAAAACCUUGGGUGCAAGCUGUACAACAUUGUCAAGUUCCUAGAGAUUUUUCAAGAGCUCUUUGUGUCCUCCAGGCCUGUAUUAAAAGCGUAGUCUGGGUACCUGCAUGGCAUGAGCAACUAGGUCACGUAAAACUCUUACGCACAACUGCAGCAGAGCGUGAAGAAAGGAAAAAACUGGAUAAAAGAGAGAAAAAGGAAAGAGAUGAGGAGGAGGAACGGUAUCGAACUGCAUAUAACUUUGUCAAGUAUUCCCUUGGACUACGCCAUCAGGCGUGGAAACAAAAGGGCGAAGAAUAUAGAAUACAUGGGCAAUGGGGUUGGCUAUGGAACUCUGCUACAAGGAAAUAUAAAAAACAUACCACUAACCAGAAAUUAGGUCUAUCUCAUGGACCAGCAAAAAUCGCAGUUAGAGUCAGGGAAGGAAGUAUCAUUAAAGUGUUGGCUGUUGAACCAAAAACUUACGAAUAUUUAAAUUCUAGCCAAAAUGAUGAUGUUGAUGUUACUUCUAAAUUACCCAUGUCAAUGCGUAACAUAAAAUUGGAAAAAGAGACUGAAGAUUUUGAUGAGAUAGAUGUGGAGAAGUCUUUAAGUUCUUCAACCCGAAGGUAUUAUCCAAAAAUUGGUAGAAAAUCGAAACUGGACGACUUGCUAGCUCGGCGAACGUAUCUAAAGAUAAUAGAGGAAAAGAAUAUUGGAAAUACAUUAAAUACAAUGAAGAAAGAAAACGAAAUUAAGUCUGAAGAUGAAAAGUGCAUUGAUGUUGAAAAUGAUGAACCAGAUGCGGAGUCCGCUAUACUCAAUACUAACAAUGAAACUGAUAAGAAAAAUAUAUUACUAGAGAAAAAUGUAGAUGACCUAAAGAAGCAGUAUCAAAAUUUAAGUAAACUUACAAAACAUUACAAAUGCUACUCUAUUGAUUGUAAGCUAGAAACUUCUUCAGUGUCUACUUUAAAAGUAAAUUGCUAUUCUCCAUUAUGUAUGGAAAAAAUUAAAGUAUUCAAUAAACUACUAGUACUUUUGAAGGGUAAUUCCAAUAAUUAUGUGGGUUUGCUGUCUAAUUCUAAUGAGAACAAUAAAAUGUCAAUUCUGGAACAGUAUUUACUAGGAAAGAGUUUAAAUUCGAAUGAAAACAUUUUAACAGACUUGAUAUCAGCAGCUGCGUGUGCUCAAGAGUGUGACAAUAAAAAUACAGAUUCUUUUGUGAAAAGAAAGUCUAGUUCUGACAGUGAAACUAGUGUCAAAAUUGAGAAGGGUGAAGACAAUACAAUUAAAGCUGAAAGCACUCUCGAGGAAUCAGCUGUACCAGCCGUAGGAACAGAAAUGGACAUCGACAUUACUAGCAGCAAUUAUGAUGAAAACGAUGUUGAGAUUGGCCCAUUGAAAGAGCUGACCGAACAGGACGAAAAUAAUACUGAAAAAGCAACCGACGAUGCCGAAUCUAGCCGGCCACCAAUACCUAAACUUAAAAUAACUAGAGGCAGUCGCAGUAAAUCAAACAAUAAUAAUAAGGAAAAAGACGCGUCAUAUGAAGUGAGUUCCGUCAAAACUCCUAAAAAAUCUGAAAAACCAAAAUACCGGGCGCUCAUUAACAGACGGUUUGGUCAAAGUAGAACAGUGAAAAAAGAAGAAAAGGUAAAGGACGAGAUCACCGAGUCUGGUGUGAUAAGAAUAUACUCCACAGAGAACCCCAGUGGGAAAGUUUAUCUCAAGAAAGUUCAAAAUGCUACUAUGGAGAAAAAGAAAAAAUGGACGCCAGUGAAGUAUCCACCAUGUUCCACAUUCCACACGAAAAGCAAAGCAAAAACCAUAAUGGUACUGUCCAAGCACGAACUGAAAAGAAUGUGCAGGCAAGCAGGCCACAGUAGCGCCUCGGGUUUCAGCCAGAGUGCUAAGCCUAACCAAGCAGUGUGGCCUUAUCCAUGCGCUAGGCCACUAUUUAAGACGUGCUGGUUGUACCGCACAGUAAACUUGCAGUGGUUGGCGAGCGCCGCGUUGCAGUUGCGUGUGAUGUGGGCGUGUCUACGAUGGGACGACAUGGCGGCGAAGCCCGCGACGGCAGACGGCAAGCACCAACUGACUACUGAUACUGAAAUAGUGUCACUCGAACUAUUAAAACAUCGUCACAUAGGUCAGUUUUCUGAGCGGACUCAAUAUCUUCGCCGAAAAGUGGUUAUACCGCUAGAAUUGCCGAAAACUGUCCGAGAAGUGACUUCAAUAAGAAGUGGUUUGAGAAAGAGAAAACGAGCAGAAUCUCCACAAAACACAGAACCUCAGGUUUCUGAAGAAUGGGUUGAUGAAGACAAGCUUGAACUUUGGGAAGUACGACAAUAUGGAGAGAAGGCCGAAAGGAUGACGCCAGUCACACGUACUACUACAGGUAAACUACCACAACGAAAUGUUGCAUCUACACCGGCUAAUGCUUCCGAAUUAAAAGAUAAAAUGGAACAACAAUUACGAGAACAGCGUGCCGCUCACCAACAGAAGAGGGCUCUCGAAAUGUCACAAGAUAAAUCGAAACCGAACACUCCAAAUGCAGGGAAAAGUACUCUCACCUCAUUAUUGACGACAAAUUCGUCCACACCGACUGGUCAAAAAACUGUAAUAGGAACCAGGAGAAUAAUCAUGACUAAAGGUGCGGACGGAACGACUAGAGUCAUAAGCCAAUCAAUACCGGCGGGGAAGACGGCUGUCACCGCGGACUCCAAUCAAAAAUCAGCCACCCCACAGAAGGAAGGCCCACAAAAGGUUCAAAUAUUCAGGGGACCCGAUGGUAAAAUCACAGUCAAGGGCCUCCUCGAGGGCCAGCAGCUGAUACAAUUUCCGGACGGCAAAAUGCACAUAGUCAUGGCCGGGCAGCAGGGCUUAGCGGGUCAGCUGGUGGCGGCGACCGGCUCCAAACCGGCUGAGUCGGAGAAACCGGCCGAAGAGAAAGUGAAUAAGGUCACAGUGGACGACUCAAAAUCUAGUCCCCGUGCGACCGCGGGCUCGCAGCAGGCGGUGGCCGGAGUGGGCCGGCAUAUCGUGGUGCAGGCGAUGGCGCCGAGCCCGCAGGCGGCGCAACAGGUGGUGGUGCAGGCCGGCGCCCGCCCCUCCCUGUCGCCGCGACCCCCGCCGGUACAGACCGUGAUGCUGCAGCGCGCGCCCGUGCGCCCCGCCCCGCCGCGCGCCGCCGCACCGCGCCUGCGCGCCGCCACCACGCAGCAAAUCGUCGUCAACAACCCAGCGCUGGUGCAGCAGAUCGCCGCUGGCAAGAUUCAGCUGGCGACCGUCAACGGCCAGCAGGUGCUGAUCCGCCCCACCGGGAACAAUCAGGCGCAGAUCGUGGCGCACAUCGGGCAGAGUCCGGCCGCGGUCGCGUCGCCGGCGCCGGCGGUGCGGCCGGCCGUCGCCGCGGUGCAGGCCGCGAUACCGCAACAGCCGCAGACGCCGCAGCAGCAGAUGCCGCAGACGCCGCAGCCGCCGCAACACCAGCUCACCGAGGAUCAGAUCAUGGAGAAGCGACUUUUAGCCGGCCAACCGCCGGGAACUAUCAUAAAGACGGUCACUGCUCAGGUCAUGCAAACGAGUAGCGGCCCGAGUAUAGUUCUGCAAGGACUUCACGGCUACUCGUUAUCGCCACAACAGCUGGCUCUCGUCCAACAUCAAGUCAAACAACAACUUUUGAAAGCGCAAGAGUCGACCGGCAAACAGGGUAUGCUGGGGCCGAGGAAGAUGUACCUGGCGGUGCAUCCGUCGCCGGGUGGGCCGCCGCCGCUGGCGCCGGUGGCGUCCGCGGCCGGCACUCUGCACGCGCUGCAGCCCAUACAACCGCUCCAGACGCUCCAGCCGCUGCCCCUGCAAGCCCCCUUCCUCGCGCCGCAGGAAGCUAGCGAAGAAGAGAAGAAGCGCCAGUCUUUACUGAACGGCGAAGAGAAUGUCGCGGAAGCGGCGAGUUGCAAAGAGGCUAUACCGUCUAAGCCCGAGGACAUUCAGGGCAAUAUCACAAAAACCGACAUCGUUAACUCCGCCCUCGAGAACAAACAAAAUAACAAAUUUGUUCUCACUCCCGACUACAUUCAACAAACUAUCAAGAGCGCAUUGAAGCAAGAAAAUUUGAACCCGGAAAUAGAGGAGAAACUCCUUCAGCUGCAACGGUACCAGGAGAAACAAAUGAAGCCGGAAGCGGUGGUCGAGCGCGUGGUGCGACCAGCCUCCGCCGAGUCGCGGACACCGUCCCCGCCGCCCGCGCCGCGCCGCCGCCCCGCCCGCCACGACGACGACGACGAGUGGACCGAUGCCAGCCCGCGCAAGCGGUCCCGCGCCGCGCGCCCGCUCUCCCCGCUGCCCGAGCCCACCCCGCCACCGCGCCCGCCGCCCCGCGUUUCGCCCCACGUGCCGCGAACCCCGGCCGCCCCGCCUCCCCGCGCCGCCCCCGCGCCUGCGCCGCCGCCCGUAGCCGCGCACUCCGCCGCCGACGAGAGGCGCCGGGCCGCAUCUACACACUCGCGCCUGCAGAUGCUGCUCUUCAAACAUAAGGAGAUGCUCAAGAAGGACAUUAUUAAAAAGCGUGGCCUACUCGAAAAGGAGCUCGGCGUCGAGAUACAGAAGGAGCUGUCUGCGGAGUUGGCGCUGCGGACGCGUGCGGAACGCACCAAGCAGGAGGAGGUGCGCGGCAAGCGGCGUACCACGUCCGGCGGCCGCGACGCCGCCCCGCGCUCUAACAAGAAGGCCACCAAGAAAGAAAAGCUGCUCUGUAUUUGUCGCACGCCGUAUGAUAAUACCAAAUUUUACCUGGGCUGCGAGCACUGCAGCAACUGGUUCCACGGCGACUGCGUCGGCAUAACGGAGGAGAUGAGCAAGAGCAUGGAGGAGUACGUGUGCGCCGAGUGCCGUCGCGCCGCCGAGACGCAGGAGCUCUAUUGUCUGUGUCGUCAGCCCUAUGACAACUCACAAUUUUAUAUUUGCUGCGACCGUUGCCAGGAUUGGUUCCACGGUCGCUGUGUAGGGAUAUUGCAGUCGGAGGCGGACAAUAUCGACGAAUACAUUUGUCCAAACUGUCAGAAAAACAAUUCAGUAAAUUAUGCAAAUAUGAAGGAGUUGACAGCCAAAGAUUUUGAAAAUCUUAAGAGACUCGUAAAACAAAUACAACUGCACAAAAAUGCUUGGCCCUUUAUGGAACCGGUUGAUCCGAGAGAAGCUCCCACAUAUUAUAAAGUGAUAAAAGAACCAAUGGAUUUGCAGACAGUGGAAAGAAAAGUGAAUGAUCAGACUUACAGUACUUUAAGUGAAUUUAUUGGUGAUAUGACUAAGAUUUUUGACAACUGUCGUUACUUUAAUCCAAAGGAUUCGGAAUUUUAUCGUUGUGCGGAUGGAUUAGAAGCAUUUUUUGCGCAAAAAAUAAAAUAUUUCCGUGAAAAGUUAUUUGAAUCUACACAAUGAUAAGAGUGACAGUGUAUUAUAAACUAUUGUGAGCGAAAAAGUAUGAUAGAAGAGAAUAAAUUGUGAAAGACAAUUAUAUAAAGUAAUAUUAAUUUAGAUCUUGUAUCUUCUGUAUAUUGUAUAGCAAUGUUAUGAAAU